AUGGCUGAAGGAGGGAGGCGCUCUGCUGCUCCAGACGGAGGAUGGGGCUGGAUGAUCGUUGCUGGCUGCUUCCUCACCACCAUCUGCACCCGUGCCGUCACCAGGUGUGUGUCCAUCUUCUUUGUGGAGUUUCACAUGCACUUCUCCAGCGAUUAUUCCAGAACUGCGUGGAUUCACUCUCUGGUCGACUGCACCACCAUGCUCUGUGCUCCUCUGGGCAGCUACAUAGGGAACCGUUUGUCGUGCAGAGCGGCAGUGAUGGUUGGAGGAUUGCUGUCCUCUGCUGGGCUCAUUCUCAGCUCUUUCGCCACCAGUCUGGAGUACCUCUACCUGUCUCUGGGCGUUCUCACAGGUGUGGGCUUUGCCUUCAGUUACACCCCUGCGAUCGCCAUGGUGGGCACCUACUUCAAAGAGAGGAAAGCUCUAGCUUACGGGAUUGCCAUGUCGGGCACCGGCAUUGGGACCUUCAUCCUCGCGCCUGUGGUGCAGCUCCUCAUCGAGCUCUAUUCCUGGAGGGGGGCGCUCCUCAUUCUAGGGGGUCUUGUCUCACAUUUGUGCGUCUGUGGGGCCCUUAUGAGGCCCCUCGUCAACCCCCGGCUGAAGCAGAGCAGCAAGAAGGAGUUUGAGGUUGACGUGGUAAAAUCUAAAUUGCACGUGGAAUUGGACCUGGAAAAAGCUAAAGCUCCAAAAGAGAGUUUGGAAAUGGGAGAGUCGGAUUGUGGUGCUGUAAAUAAAGACAAAGAGAGCAGCGGAGAUCUAACAGACGAGGAUAAACCGGAAGAAGAGUGUGAGGAAACAGAGAGUUUACUGAGAAACGGAGAACAAGUCAUCACAGAGUCAAACCCAGCAGAAGAACAGCUUAUAGACUCAAUCCGAAGAGGCUUUACACUUGAAGAGAAAACAUCUGGAGAUUCAGACAUGAAGGAGAACAUAAAAGACAUAGAUUCAAAGCCUGAGGACACAAAAGGAAUUUUAGUGAACAGAACUUCAAAAGAUUCAGAACAAGAAAUAAACAUUAAGUCUACCAACUUGAAGAACCCAAACCAGAAGACUCGAUCAGACGCAAGUCUUGACGCUAACCCAAAGCUUACUGACCCGAACCUAGCUGUGUUAGUGCUAGGUGACUCAGCACUACAUGACUCAAAGCUCGCUGAGUCAGUGUUAGCGGACUCAGAGCUCCUGUGUGAAGUGGCCUUUAGCGAAAGUCCAGGCAGAGAAAAGGAAGGUCAUUUCUUCCUGCCGUCCACAGACGAGUACCGCUUCCUGCUAAUGCCUGACUUUCUGCUGCUGUCAGUGUCGUUCCUGUUCCUGGCGUUCGGCUGCAGCGUGCCGUUUGUUUACCUUGUGCCGUAUUCUCUCAGCAUCGGCGUCGGUCAUCAGCAGGCCGCCCUCCUCAUGUCCGUCCUGGGAGUGAUGGGAAUUGUGGGAAACAUCACGUUUGGCUGGAUCUCAGAUCGAAAGUGUUUGAGGACGUAUCGAAUAGUGAGUUACUUGCUGGCAGUGGGGCUUGAAGGGCUGGGUUGCCUCUUUGUGCCCCUGUUGAGGAACUUUUCACUGCUAGUGCCCUUUGCCCUUUUCUACGGCUACUUUGACGGUGCCUAUGUGGCGCUUCUCCCUGUGGUGACCUCUGACACCGUAGGGCCCACCUACCUCUCCUCAGCCCUGGGCGUGGUCUGCUUCCUGCACGCCAUUCCCUACCUCAUCAGCCCACCAAUAGCAGGUUGGUUGGUGGAUCAGACGGGCUCCUACACAGCUGCGUUCCUCCUGAGUGGAUUCUCAUUGAUCUGUAGUGCUUCGAUUCUGGCCACUGUCAGUUUGGCUCGACGCUGCAAUAGAAGGGCCCUCUCAGUCUUACCUGGGAUGACGCCACUGAAAGGACUUUUGCCAUGUUAUGAGCAACAUAACUUCACUCAUUUUGAAACCAAAGAGGGUAUCGAACCCGGCCUAUCAGGUACAUAUCACUGCGGUGGGCAGCUGGGAGAUUAG